GGUGGAGGGGGCGGGUCGCGUCCGGCGCCACGUCCGCAGCCAGAAGGCACCGUCGCCAACCUUGUCUUCUGGCUCCACAGCCAGAGGAGGCGUCUCCGGAGCCCGCAGCUGCCCCGGCCUGUGCCCGCCGCUCAGUCCGCCUCAGCCCUCCUAGGUGCUGCCCGAUCCUCCGCCCGGCCCCGGCGCCGGCCCACGACCCGGCGGAGAUCAUGAAUCAGACAGAUAAAAAUCAACAAGAAAUCCCAUCAUACCUUAGUGAUGAACCACCAGAAGGUUCAAUGAAAGAUCACCCACAGCAGCAACCAGGCAUGCUGUCCCGUGUGACUGGGGGUAUCUUCAGUGUUACAAAGGGAGCCGUUGGUGCCACCAUUGGUGGUGUGGCUUGGAUUGGUGGAAAGAGUCUGGAGGUGACCAAAACAGCUGUUACAACUGUGCCUUCCAUGGGAAUAGGGCUGGUGAAAGGGGGCAUGUCUGCUGUGGCUGGAGGUGUUACAGCUGUUGGCUCUGCUGUUGUAAACAAAGUGCCCUUAACAGGAAAGAAGAAAGACAAAUCUGACUAAAAUAUGGAGAUACACUUGUUCUCCACAGCAUUAUGAUGCCAGUGGCAUUGAAUUGCUAAAUUAUGGACUACAACAAAGUCACCUGUUUUGGACGUUUAUCUUCUAACUGCUGUGUUGAAAGUAUUGAUGACUGACUGGCUUUUGUCUAAAAAGAAGAGACCAAUACUAGCACAGUGUAUGAAGGUUUCUCAUACUUAAAUUCCAGCUUUUUAUCUGGUAAAAUGUUACACUUAUUCAGCUGUAACUGAAGAUAAGGUAUAUUUGAAUAUUUACUACAUAAGUCUUUCAGUUUAACUAAAAAUGUGAAAGUUGAAUUUAGUGGAUGAUCUUUACAGUUCCAUAUGUAUAAUGUGCCAGGUAACUCAUCUGCCCCUUAAAAAGGGAACCUUGACCUACAUAAAUGUACCUUUGAUGUGCCUAAUAGUUUCAGAUGUCUUAGUUUUUUUAAUAACCAUAGUUGAUUAGACGAAGAGGCAUUCUUUUCUUAUUUAAGAUGGUAAAAGUAGCAGGAACUAGAGAAGUUUAAAAGAAAAGAUUCAUGGUUUUAUGAGUAUUAACCAUCUUUUGUUAGAUAUGCAUUAUAUUAAUUUAAUCAUUGAUGCCUUACAAAAGAAAAACAUCUUUUCUAAUACCCUGAAUAUGUGCAGUUCUUAGGAUUAUUAUUAUAUAUGGAUUCUUUCAGAAGUUGUUUGUGAAAUUAGUUUUCCCUCAAGAAUCUCAGGAUUAGUGGCAUAAAGGCAUUUCUUGCUCUCAGCAGAUAGGAUAGUGUUUGAUAACUGUCAGUAGUUAUAACCAAAUUGUACACUUCAACCUGGGUUCAUGCUCCAUCAUUAAUAAACCUCACAGUGCCUAAGGAACAUUUCUUUGCUGGUCAGAAGCUAUGUUAAUAAAAGAGUUUCAUAUUAAGGAGGAAAACAUAAAUCAUUUUAAGUUCUUAAGAAUUACCUAAAGCAUCCCAAGAUAUAAAAAAUUCUUCACACCUGUUUUGUCUCCAGGAUGGCUUAAAUUACUAGCAGUACCCCUUUCAAAAAACACAGUGAAAGCAGCCACAGGUGUGUGGGGGCUGACUUAAAUUGAAUGGACUGGGCUCCAUAGAUUAGUUUUGAAUGUAAAAUAUAUGUAACUGCUUUCUGUGUUUGACAGGCUUUUAAAAUGUCAUCUUACACUCCUUUAAAGCAGCUGUAAACUUUGUACCAUUUUCCAAGUCAACUUCAGGCAGGAAAUAGAAUUUUUUGGUUACGGAUGAUAAGUGUGUUGUGUCUCAUUAACGUCUCAUCAUGUCUCAUUCAUUCUAAAAGAAUAUGACUUAGCUGGAAUUCAUCUUUUUUUGGUUUCGUGUUCAGUUUCAUAAAAAUUUUAAAAGUGGCAUUUCUCUUAACUAAGGGUUUAAUCCCAGCCUGAAAAAUCUUAAUUUUCCUUCACUUAAGUUUGGAAAUUUGCCACCAUUCUGCAGACUUUUUUUUUUUUUUUUUUUUUUUUUUUUUUAACGGGCAAGGGGAAGAAAGGAGGUGAUGCUCUGGAGUAAGUCAAAACAGCAUUCCUGAGAACUUAGAUCACUCCAAUACCCAAAGCUUAAGUGUUUGUUUGCAACCCACUAAGAGUUUUACAUUAAUAAUGUGGAUCAACAAAUGGGUAAGAACAAAACUUAGCUUUUAAAAGUUUUCAUAAAUACCAGCAGGGAUUGAAGUAAAUCCACAAAGGUUAUUGAAACUUUCUACCAUAUACAAAACUGGAAAGUCAUUAGGGAGUUAAUCAAAAAUUAAAUUGUUGUUUAUUUCAUCCAGUAUGAUUAAAUGUAUAUUUGUUGGUAUAUCUGGUCAAAUGUCAUAAUUAGCAAAGGGGAUUUAAAAAAAAACCCCAAAGUUAAUGGAUGAACACUAAAUAAUGAUCUAAGUAAUGGUAUUGGAGAAUUUGUUUCCUGCUAUUUUAAAGAAAUUAUUGCUUCAUUGCUAGUUUAUAUUUCUAAAUUAUCUUCUUAUCUUCAUCGGCUCUGCUGUGCUUUGUACCUGAAUUUCUAAAUAUAGACUUUAGUUUACUAUAUGCUUGAAUAUUUAUUUUCAACUUUGCUUGUCUUUAAAACUGCUUGAGGAAAAAUGGUUGUAAUUUCUGCUACAGAAAAGCCACCUGGUACAUUUUAUCUCAUCAAGUUUGUUUAAAUUUUAAAUUAUAACUUUGUUCAGGAGAGGCUUUGCAAUGAUAGCAGAGAACUUGUACAAAUGAAAUUAGUUGUAGACGUUCUUGUUGAAAUGAACUUGCCAUUUGAUGAUAUGUAAAGCUGUACACUUGAGUCUUUUUCAGUUUAUUUCGUAGACUAGCAAUUUGACCUGUUAAACAGUACUAGUUCACUUCAAGAAGCUUAUAAGGCUGUUGUUGUAUACACCUGGAGGCAUCUGUUAUUCAGCUUAUCUUUUGAGUGGGUAUUCAGCACAAUGAGGAUAAACUUGUGUGACCCACUUGAAUGACUGAUCUAAUAAUGUUGAUGUUAUGAAUCCUGUACUUAGUGAAAUGUCAGAUGAAAAUAACUGAUGAUUGAAUAAAUGUUUUUGUAUUAAAGGAAUGGGUAAAGAAGACAUGAAUCUUUAAUAAAGCACUAUGAUCUGCAAAAGAUGAACUGUUUCAUAAAGAUCUAAGGAAAUAAAGGAAAUUUUAAAACAGGGUAGUCUUAAAAUUUUAGUUAUAUAGCAAGUCAGAAAGUACUGUAGCCAGUUUUUAAAUUUUUUGCUACUAAUGCACAAACAUGACAGAACAUCUCCAGAUACGAAUUUUGAUGCCAACACAACAAUGAAAUACAA